AUGGCGACUAGAAAGGUAUACCCAACAAGCUACGUGCUUGAGAACGCCGACGACAAGGACGAAACAAAUGAAAGAUCCGCUUCUAGAGUUGGUAAAAGUUUAGACGAAGAUGAAUCCGACGAAGAAGCAGCAGGUAUCGCGACACGUGCACAAAGAAAGAGAGUUGAAGCUGGGCUUCAAACUGCCAAUGCAAAAGAAUUCUUUCUUAAACGGCUUGUAAUCGCCUUAAUACUACUAGUAAUCUUACUAGUAGUUGUCGUGGUAUCCUUGGUGAUAGCUCUCGUAAAAUCCAAAUGUAAAGAAUCGGAACCAGAAACAGGGACUGAUAAUCAACAAGGUAAAUGUCAAGUAAAUAUUCGACUCCAUGCAAAAGUUACAUUCCAGCUAUUGUUUAACAGUUGUCGGCAUAAACUCGCAUAACUAAGCCAUCAAAGAAGUCAUGCAUCGAGGAAUGAUCUUAGUAACCUUUCGAAUCAUUCUCUUACGGAACCAUAAGUGGUAGAGUUUACGAUAUCCCUUUUUAUUAAAAUCCAGCUAGUGGUCUAUUAUCAAUGCUACGUUCUGAUUGGUUGAGCCACUACUAGGCUAUAUGUUACAGCCCACUAGUAGCGAAAAGCGCCGGCUUUGAAAACCAAAACAGUGGCGACUGAAUCGCGUUUUGCUAGCUAAAGUUGUUUUGUCUCAAUAUUUUUGACCAGUUUAAGUUGGAGUUUACUAGACAAUUAUUCCUCUCGCCCUCAUGGCCUCUCUGGGUCAAUAGCUCAUUCGACCUUCAGCCGUUGUUAUAUGGCUAACUUCAUUAAUUACGUGAAAGCUAAAGUGCUAAGCAUAAAAGUGACUGAUGCCUUCUUUUUAGCUUCAUUUGAAAAGCUGCAGGGAACCGUUCGUAGUGAUGAGGCACUGGAUAGACUAAACGCCCUGGAAGUGAAUAUGACACGCCUAAAGCAAGAUCUGGUACGUUCGUCUUUUGAAGUAUCUGACUUUAAUGUUCCUCUUUAGUCAUUUAAAGGUUAGAGACUUCUUUUCUGUGAUUUAACCCCAAAUGAACCAACGCACUGAGGCUUAGCUGUGUAAGACAAAGCCGGCCGGCAGUUCCUAAAGAAUAACGCUGCCACACUGUUCAUAGCCUGCGUAGCAUGGCGGUUUUGUAGGGAGCACGACUGAGCGGCAAAGUUGCAAAAGCGGCCGCAAAGUGCGCGCGAACGACCCAAUCUCCUCGCGGUUUCUCUGUCCUCGCAGGCCUUUAUUUACUUUGCGCACCCAACCAAAACCGCCAUGCAACGCAGGCUACACUGUUCAAGAAACCUAAAGGACCAAAAAAGUUAUUAUGUAGUUAAGACGCUCUUUCGCAGUUUUAAACAUUGUAUCAAAGCAGCGUUUUCCCUCCAUAUAUAUAUAUAUAUAUAUAUAUAUAUAUAUGGAGGGAAAACGCUGCUUUGAUACAAUGUUUAAAACUGCGAAAGAGCGUCUUAUAUAUAUAUAUAUAUAUAAGUAUUUGCCAACCGGUACAGAAAUGCUUUCUUUUCACCAGAUCUCCGUACGUCAUAGGAAAGAGCCAUGACGUAGAGUCACGCUAUGUUAAUCUUCCAUAUAGAUAGCAAUUAAAACUUUACAAUUGAUCCUUAGGUUCAUAAUUUGAAUGUCAGUUAUCAGUUAUCACUGUUUUUUGUCUCCUCAAACUAGGAAGAAAAAACAAGAGAUUUAAUUUUCCCGCGUCAGUGCUUUCUACGAUCUUUUGAAGCAAAGUGUAAAGAAACUGACGAAUUAGAGCUUAAGGUACAAAUGUCCUUUAAAAUUAACUUCUACUUUCGAUGUUAUAAGUUCGCAUUGGAAGGUUCAGAAUUACACUGCACAACUUUAUCACGUUACUUUUCACACUACGCUCUGCGCACUAAGUAACCAUUCCAUGCUUUUGUCGACUCACGCCCAUACGUAUUUACUGCACGAAGUCUGAAAAUGAACCUAACUACUUUUUAUAUAUACAUAGAAAAAGGAUUUUUUUACUCUUGAAAAAGCAAGCAAAUUCAUACCCCCACCUUGUGUGUUUGCUUUUUGUACCACCUGGGAGGCCUUUUCGAAAGAUAAACGCAAAAUAUAUAGCCUGUGUUUUGCCUCUACAAGAUAGAUUUAGGUCUGCAUUUUACUGAAAAUUCAGAUUAAAUCAGGUAUUUUUCGUUUUUCGUUUGGUACUCUUCGAUAAGUUUUAGCGCAACUACUGCAAACCACUGACAGAGAUUAUUACUUAAGAAUGCCGACAACCAGUCAUUUACUCCUUUAAGCCCUAAGAGUAAUUAGAGUAGCCACACGUGAAUUACGAACUUGUCUACACAGAUGAGUUUAACAGAUACUUUAGCAUCUUCUCCCUACUGAUUCUGAGGGAAAUGUACAGGAACAAAUGAUGAGGAAUUUACUUUUGACACUCGGGCUGGUUAUAAUAAAUGUGACUCAUUUUCCGUAACUAUAGGAACCGGCUGCCACCCAAAUUUGCAAGAAUGUACCUUAGAAAUAAAUGAACAGAUACUGAAGGACAGCAAUUCUGGCUCAAAAUCAUUUUAAAACCUCGGAGAAAAAAGCCACUGAUCGGGCUUCCAAAUCUCUUCCCGUAGUAGGUCUGGGGCCGGUUGCUCGAAGCCUGGUUAGCACUAACCGUUGGUUAAGAGGUAUCAAAAUGUAUAGGUUUCCAUGGUAUUUAACGCUGGUUAGCACUAACCAUGCUUCGAGCAACCCGGGCCUGAAUUUUAACAGUUUUUUCAAAUUGCCACCUGUCAUACUGCUAAAGUAUUUUAUGAAGGAUUGUGCAAGGGUCAAUAAUGUCCUUAAUAUGGUAUAUUUCAGAUGGAGAAUAUCCUCAAAAGCGUCAACGCAUCUUUAAGUACUAUUAAUUCAACUCUCUUCCAAGAGUUGAUGUCAGUGGGAACAGAUUUUGAAUCAAAGGUUAGUGUUGGUAUAAAGAACAAUCUGUCUGACUUUCCUUAUUCACGUUGAAAAAUGCUUAACUAUCUUCUCAGUGGAACUGACUUUCCGAGAAUAAUGAAGCACAACGCAUGACUGGAAACAGACAAGUUUUUAAUGAAAAAAAAAAAACCUCACUGUUCGGGAGGCUCAUUUCAGAAAAGGGACAAGGGAGGUCAAGUCCAGAUAAUCGUGAAAGAACUUCAGCUCCCGUUUAGAGCGCACUGGACUCCAAAACGGGACUGCCAUUUUGCACUGUACAAGUAUAAAGUAAAUAAAUAUAAUUAUGUUGUAGUCAAUUUUUUAUGUCAGGUAAUUUUUAUUUUUCUUUAAUUUUGUUUUAACUUCAUUAGCAUAGUUACAUUACCAUACCCAAAAACAAAAGAAAAACGAAAAUUACCUAAGAUAAAAAAUUAACUACAACAUAUACAUAUUAUUAUUAUUAUCAUCAUCAUCAUCACAUGGCCAUAUAAUGUUACCGUACAUUGUUGUUGCUUUUCUCAUUCAGUUACUUACAAAUAUAUCACGUAUGUAGACACAGAACAUCAGUCAAAGACUUGAAGCGGCUGUUAUUGCUAUCAAUAGAAGUUUCUUUCAAGAGUUGUCUUCUUUGAGAACAACUUUCAGCUCAAAGGCA